CUGUAUUUGAACAACUGCGCGGCAAUUUAACAACUGAGUUUUUUUCUUUCAAGAAAAGAGCGCGUCAGGAUUAAAGUAUAAAGUAUCUAGUAAAUUUAAUAUAUAAAUAUAUAUUUUAUUAUUUAUGAACGCUUGCAGGGAUAAAAAAAAAAAAGAAAAAAGGUGGCUGCAUCAACGUUUUGAACUGCAUAGUCUGAAUCCAAGAGCAUAUUUAAUUUCGAGUUUAACAUUUUCACGAUUAAUAAAUACACCAUGCCUGCUACUUCAGAAAUUAAUGCAUGCGUGCAGUAUCCUGACAAGAAGCACAAAGAAGCUUAUAAAGCCGAGAAGAAUUUUACAAUGUUUUGUGAUGAGCAAGGCUAUUUGGAUCAAGUUGAGUACAUCAUGAAACACGGAUUCAGAAAAGGGGACCGGACUGGUACUGGGGUCGUCUCGUUGUUCGGUUCACAAGCAAGAUACAGUUUAAGGGACCAGUUUCCACUGUUGACAACAAAGAAAGUGUUCUGGCGAGGGAUACUGGAAGAGCUGUUAUGGUUCAUUAAGGGUUCAACAAAUGCCAAAGAACUGUCUGCAAAGGGUGUGAAAAUCUGGGAUGCCAAUGGGUCGCGGGAGUUUUUAGACAGAAGUGGCUUUACAUCAAGAGAGGAAGGAGACCUUGGGCCUGUCUACGGCUUCCAGUGGCGACACUUUGGGGCAGAAUACAAGGAUAUGAACUCGGAUUAUACUGGACAAGGUGUUGAUCAGCUGCAGAAAGUUAUUGACACUAUUAAAAUCAACCCUGAAGACAGAAGGAUUAUCAUGUGUGCUUGGAAUCCCAAAGAUCUACCUCAAAUGGCUCUUCCUCCCUGUCAUGCCUUGUGCCAGUUCUACAUGUGUAACGGUGAAUUAUCCUGUCAGCUCUACCAGCGAUCGGGAGACAUGGGUCUGGGUGUCCCAUUCAACAUUGCCAGCUAUGCAUUGCUCACCUAUAUGAUUGCCCAUGUUACAGGACUAAAGCCUGGUGAUUUUGUACACUCAUUGGGAGAUGCUCAUAUUUAUGUAAACCACAUUGAGCCUUUAAAAAUCCAGCUUCAGAGAGAACCCAGGCCUUUUCCUAAACUGAAAAUCUUGCGCAAAGUGGAUAGUAUUGAUGACUUCAAAGCUGAAGACUUUGAAAUUAUUGAUUACAACCCCCAUCCUGCUAUUAAAAUGCAGAUGGCAGUGUAACAACGUCGGAACUUUAAAUGAUGUGGAUACAGUAGCUUAUUUCAUGUUUGAAAAAGAUAAGGGUUUUUAAAAAAAAAUUUACAUAGACAUUUUCAUUAAUCUUUUUGUGAUUGUUGUAAUAAAUGCAGUAAUAUUUA